AUGUCUUCAAAAAGAACUUACGAUAGUGGCUGUAAAAAACGUAAAGCAAAAGAACUAAAGAUUGAAAAUCUGAAUCUCAUUAGAGGUUCUAUGAAAAAAUUUCUACGAAAAACAAAUAUUUCUGAAAAUGAAGCAUUGACAGACCAGAGUUCAGAAACAGCGAUUUUAGAUUUGUUGAGUGAAAAUGUUUUGGAAAAUAAUUUACAUAUGCAAAAAGAUAAUGUUAAUGAAAAUAACAUUGAAAUGAAUAGUGGUAGUGAAUUAUCUUCAACUUUUAAAAUUAUAAACUCAUUGAAAGAAAAUACUGUUGAGGCAUCUAAUAUGGAAUCAAAUUUUGAAAACAGCAAAAUCCAAUCACACAGUUCUAUUGAAAGUAAUGAGGACUUUAAUAACUUAGGUAUUUCUGAUGAUUUUUCUUUGGAUUUGAAUUGUGAAUUUCCGACUGAUCGUGGAAAGUUUCCUGAUAUUAUUAAAAAUUCCAAUUUAAAAAGACAAAUAAUUUCGUUCGGUCCUUGCAAACCAAAUAUCAAAUUUCCGCUUAGUACCACGUAUUUUGAAGACAGUAAAGACAGCAAAAGCAGAAAAUUUUCCGUUGAAUAUUAUUUUACUACAAAUUUGUCUGGCCAAAAAAUACCCCGAGGCUGGCUCUGUUAUUCUAUUAUACUUGACAAAGUAUAUUGUGAAUCAUGUUGGUUGUUUGCAGAUAGAAAACAUUCUUAUUUCAAAUCAAAUUGGAUAAACGGAAUAGACGACUGGCAACAUUUAACACUGAAAAUUAAUAAACACGAAUCAUCUGUGCAGCAUAUUGAAGCUGUUAAAUUACGUACAAUUUGGACAAAAAAUUUAACAAUUGAUCAAUCAAUAGAAAUAUUAAUAUCUAAAGAAGCUCAGAAAUGGAGGGACAUUUUAACUCGUUUAAUAAAAAUAAUUUUAUUUUUAACAGCUGGAAACACUGCCCUUCGAGGCAAUGAAAGAAAAUUGUCUGAAACUAAUCCAUCUGAAGGAAAUUUUAUUCGGGCUGUUAGACUUCUUGCUGAGUUUGAUCCUGUGUUAAAUAGCUUACUACUCACUGAACAAUCACGAGUUAAAUAUUUGAGUUGGAAAAUUCAAAACGAAUUAAUUGAAAUAUUAGCUACUAACUUGCAACAGUUGAUAUGUGAAGAAAUCAGAUCAGCUCAAUGUUUCUCUAUCAUAAUUGAUUCUACGCAAGAUAUAACCAAGAUUGACCAAGUUAGUUUUAUUUUUCGGUACACAAUUGUUGAUUAUAAAGAAUCUAAGUUAGAAAUCAAAGAAUCAUUUUUAGGAUUUUAUCCCUUAGAUAAACAUGAUGCUGAAGGACAUGUUAAUUUAAUUAAAGCAGUUUUAAAUACUCACAACUUGGAUAUUAGUAAAUGCAGGGGCCAAGGUUAUGAUGGUGCCUCUGUAAUGAGCGGUUGUUUCUCAGGUGUUCAAAAAAGAAUUACAGAUAUAAUUCCUAAUGCAUCAUUUGUACAUUGUGCUGCUCACAAUUUGAAUCUUGUGUUAUCAGAUAUGGCAAAAAGUACACCAAAAAUCAGUAGUGCUCCUAGAUGGGCAACUUUGGCCUUAGGCGAUGAUGUUGCUAAAAUAGUAUUAAAAAAAGUGUGUACCACCCGAUGGGAGUCGAGACAUAAUGCGGUUUUUGCCCUGAAGUUUCGAUAUAAAGAUGUAUUAAAAUCAUUAACAAUUUCCAAGAAAAUGCAAUCAAUUGAAACAAAUCUUCAUGUUGCAUGUGAAUAUUUACAAUCGGCUGUUACAUCCAUUGAAAAUCUAAGAGAUAAUUACGAGUGUCUUGUUAAUUCAGCCACAGACUUGUGUAAUAGUUGGGGCAUACCAGUCAAUAACAUUACAAAACGAAAAAUAUUUUCUAAAACGUUUUUCGGUGAUUUAGAUGGAGAUAAACGACACGAUAUAGCACAAGAAAAUCUUAAAGUUAAAGUAUUUUUGCCUGUAAUUAAUACAGCUUUAGUACAACUUAAAUAUCGUUUUAUAGGUUUACAAGAGGUUGUUAAUAAGUUUAAUUUUUUACAACCACAAAAUAUGUUACAAUUCAAUGAAGAAAAACUUGUUAAGGCAACAUAUGACUUUAUUAUAUUUUAUGAAAAAGAUAUAAGUUCAGAUUUCACAAGACAAGUAUUAUCAAUAAAAGAAAUAUUAACUGAUUCACUCUCAAAAAUCAAAACUAUUAAAGAACUAGCAAAAUGCAUUUUAGAAAAUGAUUUAGGAUCUCUGUACAAAGAUGUUUUAACUGCUUGUGUAAUUUUUACAUCAUUACCCGUCACAGUAGCAUCAGCAGAGCGUUUUUUUUCCAAGCUCAAAAUUAUAAAAAAUUAUUUGAGGAACUCUAUGGCACAAGAAAGACUUACAAAUAUCAGUAUACUAAAUAUUGAACAUAACAGAACUAAAGAUUUGAAUAUAAAUCAAGUAAUUGACAAUUUUGCCAACAAAAAAGCUCGAAAAAAGAACUUUUUAAAAUAA